AUGGCCGGGAACCGGCGCCGCUGCCGUCGCGGGAGAACGCGGCCGCAGCAGGCCGCCGAACCCUCGCCGCCGCCGGCACCAGCCAGCCUCAGCUCCUCCAGGGAAGUUGCUGUUGCAGCAAGGCCCUCUAAGAAAAUCUGUGAUGCCUCUGGAUCUAUUUCCUCACCUUCGUCAGGAUCUCAUGCCUGGGAAAACCUUCUAGACAGCCUGCUCCACCAAAUCAUUUCUCUCAUUAGCUCAUUCCAUGACUUGCUUGCUUUCCGCGGCACCUGUCACUCAUGGCAUGCUGCAGCCUCUUCCUUCCCAUCUGCAUAUACCUUCAGCUUCCCACCCCUCCACCUCAAACCAGAUGUAAGCCAAGAGAGUUACAACUCUGAUCGCAAAUCGCAGCUUGUUGAUCCUGCUAAGAAAAGUUUAUCCCAUCGUUGUUCAGCGCCUGGAAUUACUCCACAUCCCAUGCGCUAUCUGGGCUGCUCAUAUGGUUAUCUUAUCUUCUCUGAUAGGAGACACUGCCAUCUCGUCGAUGUGUACACUGGCACAAAGGUGAAGCCGCCAAAAUUCCAAUCUGAGAGUAACACUUUGAUCUACUUUGGCAUCCUUACGGCUCCACUAAAUUCGCCCAAUUCACGUCUCAUCCUUUUCUCGAGAAUCUCCAUGCUCCAGUGGCAGGUUGGAACAAAUUCCUGGACAGAGCACCCUCAUGUUGGUGAACUCAUCCAUCAGAUUGUGCUCUUCAAAGGCCAGAUGUUUGCCAUGGACUUUGUUCAAAGGCUACAUACCAUACACAUAGCACCUGAGCUCAGCAUGCAGGAAGUAGCAGUUAUGUGGGAACAGAGCAUGCUCGUAGGCCUGCAUUCUAAGCCAUGGUUGGUGGUCUGUGGUGACAUGCUUCUCUUGGUAGAUCUCUCGGUAAGCAUGGACCAACUGUUUGGCUUUCCUGGCACCUUUCAAGUCUUCCGCCUCGACUUCUCAGUUGAACCAGCUAAGUGGGUGAAGAUGGAUAAGUUGGACAAUUGGGCUCUCUUCCUUACCAAUGAUAGGAGAAACCCUACACUUUCUUGCAUGAACCCUGAAAGAUGGGGUGGAAAGAGUAACUAUAUUUAUGUUCCAACAAAAUCAGAAGAUUUUGAUGAGCCAUGGACUGCAAUAGAGGUUGGACAGCCGGUGCCCAGCUCGACUCACCGUAUGUCAUUCAGUUCCGCAGCCACUGCCCAUUGCAGUCCACUAAAUAGCCUCUGGGUGCUUCCCAGUUUGGUCUACGGGGUUGACCAGUGA